AUGACUCAAUACGAUGUGAAGGGAACUACCACUUCCACCGAGGGCACCAACCAUGAAGAAUUUGCAGACCUCACAAAUCAAGUGCUUCACACCGAUCUUGUCUACGACAAGGAAGGCAUUGGAGGAAUCCUGCGGUCACCAUUUGUUUUCGGUGCUGCCUUGCUGGCUUCUUUUGGCGGGUUUUCAUUCGGAUAUGAUCAAGGUGUUAUCUCAUUGAUCCUGGUGAUGCCUCAAUUCCAUGAACAAUUCCCAAAGAUUGCGCCCGAUGGCCCCCACUAUGGUUUCAAUGUGGGUGUCAUGACAGGUCUUCUCGAACUCGGUGCCUUCAUCGGAUGCCUUUGUCUACCUUCUCUGGCGGAUCAUCUGUCACGAAAAUGGGGCUUGACGGUUGCAACAUCUUUCUUCUGCAUCGGUGCCAUCAUCCAAACUGCCUCUCACAACUACAACACGCUGGUCGCAGGCCGCUUCGUUGGCGGCAUUGGCGUUGGUACUCUAGCUAUGGGUGCACCUCUCUACAUCUCUGAAAUUGCACCGCCGAAUAUCAGAGGGUCUCUGCUGGUGCUUGAAGCCAUCAGUAUCGUGAUAGGAGCCAUUAUCGCCUAUUGGAUAACCUAUGCAACCAGACACAUUACUAGUGACUGGUCUUUCAGGCUGCCAUUCCUCUUGCAGAUGGCGCCGGCUGUCGCGGUUGGGCUGGGCAUCCAUUUCUUCCCAUUUUCUCCCCGCUGGCUUGCCAUGAGAGGUCGCCAUGGGGACAGCUUGAAAGCAUUGGCGAAGUUACGAAGACUUCCACAGGACGACAACCGCGUCCAAACAGAAUGGAAAGGAAUCCUGGUGGACGUUCGCUUCCAAGAGGAGAUGCUCAAACGAGAACACCCCAAUACAGGCCCAUUUAUGCUCGAGAUCAAACAAUGGAUCCAGCUCUUCAAGCCCAAGUACAUCAGGCGAACCUUGGUUGCAAUCGGCAUACCAUUCUUCCAACAAUUUUCAGGUAUCAACGCGUUCGUGUAUUAUGCCCCGACCUUUUUCGCUGCGCUUGGACAAAGUUACGAGAUGACUCUCAUCCUUUCAGGAAUGGUUAAUAUCUGCCAGCUUGUCGCAGGGAUCCCGACAUUCCUCUUCCUCGACAAAAUAGGAAGACGAAAGCUAGCCAUCUUUGGUGGCUUGGCUAUGGCCGUACCACACAUUAUCAUGGCCGGCGUAGUUGGUAAAUUCAGUCACAGCUGGUCAACUCACAAAGGUGUUGGUUGGUUUGGAGUAGCUCUGAUAUACACGUAUGUCUUGACGUACGCGGCGUCGUACGGGCCACUUGCCUGGACCCUGCCAGCAGAGUGUUUCUCGACAGCAAGGAGAAGCAAAGGCGUUGGCAUCGCGACUGCCACUAUCUGGAUAGCAAACUUCAUCAUUGGCGUGGCUGUCCCACAGAUGGUCAUCUCGAUCGGCUGGGGUACCUAUCUCUUUUUCGGCUGUUUUUGCAUUGGAGCCAGCGUCUUUUCGUUCUUCUUGGUCCCUGAAACUAGUAAGAAAUCGCUAGAGCAGAUCGCGGAGGUUUUUGGAGACAAGUCCAUCUGCGAGCAGGCUGAGUUGAUGGUGCACGUGGCGGAAGAGCUCUUUGGAAGGACGAUAUCCAUUGAAGAGCUGAAAGUGUGA